AUGACUUCCAUUACUCUGCCCGAGCCAUUCGCUAGCAUCCCCAAGCAAGACUUCUUGUUCGGACCGUCUCCCAUUCAAGCAUUGCCCCGCAUCUCCGCCGCACUCGGUGGCCAGGUCAACGUGUAUGCCAAACGAGAAGACUGCAAUUCGGGCUUGGCCUAUGGUGGCAAUAAAACGCGAAAGCUAGAAUAUCUUGCGGCCGAGGCGUUGGCGCAGGGUUGCGAUACCCUCGUGUCCAUCGGCGGCAUCCAGUCCAACCAUACCCGGCAGGUCUCCGCCGUGGCGGCCCAGCUCGGGCUCAAGGCCGCCACGGUCCAAGAGAACUGGGUGGACUGGCACGACCAGGGCUACGAAAAGGUCGGCAACAUCCAGCUGUCGCGACUGAUGGGGGCCGACGUGCGCCUCGACGCCGCCGCGUUUGGCAUCGAGCACAAGACGACCCUGGCCGACCUGCGCCGCGAAAUUGAGGCCGGCGGCGGCAAGCCGUACUACAUCCCAGCGGGCGCAUCGGACCACCCGCUGGGCGGACUCGGCUUUGCCCGGUGGGCGUUUGAAGUCGAGGCGCAGGAAAAAGCCCUGGGCGUCUUCUUCGACACCAUCAUUGUGUGCGCCGUCACGGGCUCGACCAUGGCAGGCAUGGUCGCGGGCUUCAAGCUGUGCCAGAAGAAGCGCGGGUCGCCGGCGCGCAAGAUUAUUGGCAUCGACGCGUCGGGCAAGCCGAAGCAGACGUUUGACCAGGUGCUGCGUAUCGCCAAGUUUACAGCGGCCAAGAUUGGACUGAGCGAGGACGACAUUACUGAUGCCGAUAUUGUUCUUGAUGAGAGGUACAAUGCUGGCAUCUAUGGCAUUCCGGACGAGACGACCAUUGCGGCGAUCAAGUUCGGCGCGCAGACCGAGGCCUUCAUCACCGACCCCGUGUACGAAGGUAAAAGCUUGGCCGGUAUGAUGGACCUGAUUAGAAACGGAGAGAUCGCGGCUGGCAAUGUUCUGUAUGCCCAUCUAGGAGGGCAGUUGGCGCUGAACGCGUACACUGAGAUGAAAUAA